AUGGAGAACAACACAGAAGUGGCUGAGUUCAUCCUGCUAGGACUAAACAAUGCCCCAGAGCUGCAGGUCCCCCUCUUUAUAAUGUUUACUCUCAUCUACCUCAUUAGUGUUGUUGGGAAUCUGGGGAUAGUCAUCUUGAUUCUCAUGGAUUCUUGCCUGCACACUCCCAUGUACUUUUUCCUCAGUAACCUGUCUCUGGUGGAUUUGUGUUACUCUUCAACUGUCACUCCUACAGUCAUGACUGGAUUUCUUCUAGGACACAAGGUCAUCUCCUACAAUGCAUGUGCUGCUCAGAUGUUCUUUUUUGGAGCCUUUGCCACUACAGAAAAUUACCUCUUGGCUUCAAUGGCCUAUGACCGCUAUGUAGCAGUGUGCAAACCCCUACAUUACACCACUACCAUGACGACAGGUGUGUGUGUACGUCUGGCCAUAGGAUCCUACAUCUAUGGCUUUCUGAAUGCCUCUGUCCAAAUUAGGGACACCUUCAGCCUCUCUUUCUGUGAGUCCAAUGUGGUCCAUCAUUUUUUCUGUGAUGUUCCAGCAGUCAUGGCUCUCUCUUGCUCAGACAGACAUAUUAGUGAGCUGAUUCUUAUUGUUCUGGCAAGCUUCAACAUUGUUUUUGCUCUCCUGGUUAUCUUGAUUUCCUACCUGUUCAUAUUUGUCACCAUCCUGAAGAUGCACUCUGCUGAGGGAUAUCAGAAGGCUCUGUCCACCUGUGCUUCUCAUCUCACUACAGUCUCCAUCUUCUAUGGAACUAUUAUCUUCAUGUACUUACAGCCCAGCUCCAGCCAUUCCAUGGACACAGACAAAAUUGCAUCUGUGUUCUAUACGAUGGUCAUUCCCAUGGUGAACCCCCUGGUGUACAGCUUGAGAAACAAGGAGGUCAAAAAUGCAUUUAAGAAGGUUGUUGAGAAGGCAAAAAUUGUCUCUAGACUUCACCUUGUAAAACUUUAG